GAGGAGACUUAUAGUGUUGUUGCCGGAAAAGGUCUUACGACAACAUGCCUUUGACGAAAUCAUCAACUCACUUCUGGUCGGACGAGGAGUCCCGGUUCAUGCUGAACCAAGUAAAAGAUCUGAAUAUUUUAAAAUUUAUGGAUGGGCGCAAGACGAGGAACGGAUAUCUGUUCAAAAAGAUGUCCACUAGGAUGGCAGAAGCCGGCUUCAUCCGGACGCCGGAGCAGAUCAGAAUAAAAUGGAAAAACAUACGGCAGGCAUACAAUAACGCCAAGCAGAACAACUCAAGUGGACAAGAGCGGGUCAGUUGUCCGUUCUACAGCAUUCUGGAUGAUCUUCUAGGGAAGCGAAAUCUGUCGAACUCUGCCGGACAACAAGGGUUGGAUGUUGGUUUCGAGGCAGCUAACCAAGUAAGAAAAACGGAGAUCAGGGAAGAAAUAAAAACGGAGUUGGGGGAAGAAAUCGAAACGGAGAUGGGGGAAGAAAUAAAAACGGAGAUGGAGGAAGAAAUCCAAGCUGAGAUGGGGGAAGAAACAUCAACAGAGAUGAGGGACCUCGAAGAAACAAUGGGCAGCACCACACAGCAGCGCGAAGAUGACUCUCCAAGCACGUCAACUGAAAGCACGAGGAGAAUUCCCCCACUUCAGAAAAACUCUGAGUUACCUGGCACAAGUGUCCAGGCGCCCGGUCGGAGGAUGCAACGGCAUACAAGGGAUGUCGACGUAAUUAGCCAACACAUGGCUGAAAUGAGGGAGUUCUGGAGAGAGCAGCUGAAGGAAAGCGAUGCUUGGCAGGAGCGAUUGCUGACCACCAUUAUGGACAACAACACAACCAUGGUUGCAGCGCUUUUGGAGGGAAUCAAGAGCUUGAGGCCACCGGCACCCCUAUCCCCACGUGUGUGUCAGGUGGUUGUAAACCGUGAAGAGGAGAGUGAUGAGGCUGUUGAUGGGCUCUAAUCCUGUCUGUGCCCCUCCUCUAUAACCUUAAAUUACUCUUCAGGGAUCCACCAGGGGUAAAUGUCACAGAGCCUUGUUAAAAGCAGAUAUUUCAGCUCUAUGAGCAGUGGAAUCACUUGGGAUUCUUGACAGCUCAACACCUUUGUCAUUGAUCAGAUUUGGAUCAAUUUAUGGGCAGAAGAAAUAAUGAGUGUUAUAUAUUCAGAUACAUUCAUCAUCAAUGUAGUUCACAAGAUGUAAAUACAUCACGUUAGUGAUGCAUUUGGUUAUCAGUCGAUUACAGAUUUUGAAAUCAAAUGACUUAAAAGGACCGAAAUGCACACAAGCAGCAAUAAUCCAAAUCAACCAGGUUUACCUGAUUAGAUAUUUUUUAUAACCAGUCAACAUUAUCAGUAUAAUGUUAUAGGGAGCCGUGCGCUGGUAAUAUUUGGUUGGAAUGUGCAAUUUAGAUUCAUUUUGCAAACAGCCACCAUCUUAUUAAUUAAGGGUUGCUGGUCUCGGGAGACAGGGCAGGACAUUGAGCAACCGAAAGGCUCCCUUGCACCUUCUUUGUUUCAUCCUGUUUUUGUUGCCCCCAGACACCUGUCCCACCAGCUUGUUUGUACGGUUCAGUCCUCCAUGCGUCUGAUUGUGAGUCAUUGCUUUGAAAGCGAGUGGCCUCAGUGGUUAGAAAACUGUCACAUUUACUAUUUUAAAUAUGCUGUUGCCUGUUUUCCUGUUUUUAUUUUUCUGUGGCGUGGCGGCAAUUGAUGUGUUUGCGUGGGUGAAUGCGCUCAUGUGUUUGAAUGUGUAAGUUUGUAGUUUGUGUUUGUCUAUUUUAUAUUAACACAACAGAUGGAUGUUACCAGUGGUGUGUAUUCAAAAUCCACCUGUGGAGAAUAAAAAGCAUGAGCUGUAACUAAACGUUACAAUUUGACAGUAUACUGAGGAGUUCUAUGUAUGAUCAAUAUCAACAUUAUUCUACUACAGAUUUUUUUUUAAUCAACUACAGUAAAUCACUGAUCUUUCGAGUUAUUUACCCUGGCACAUGUUCUGGCAUUUCUUCAGACUGGUAGGUUCUCAACACAGUGGGAGUGUUAACAAGUAUAAAUAAACUGCCUUCUUGGUGCUAAGCGUGGUCGGUUAUUGUAACUUUAGCCAAAUAACGCAAAGAACACACACACAAUAAUAUCAAGGCUACUGAAACCUAACAUCUUGGAGGGUAUGUCAAGGUAUGUGUAAACGGAUUCAAAAUUAAUAAUAGUAUUAAUGAAUUUCAUUUAUGUAGUCCUAUUUCAAGGUACAUGAAGGGCCUCACUUAGUGUGUGCGUGUGCAUCCCCUAUCAACGUUUUAAGUUGUUUUUGUUUUGUUUGUGAUCGUAUUUGUUCAGUUGCCAAAACUUUAACAUUGUUUAUGCUCGCUGUGAAUGUCUUAAACAUAUUUUGUCAAGGAUUCAUUUUAAUUUACAUGUUCAAGACUAACUUUUUCAUAUCAAUUUCCAUAACAUUGAUUUUAUUUCCCUUGAGGCCAUUAAGAUACAGGCUGUGCGAGCAAAAGGGAAGUAGAAUGUGUGUGACUAUGGAGAUUUGAGUACUGACAAAAUGUAUAACUCGUCAAAUAUCGUCACUAAAUGAACUCAAAAGGAAAAAGCAAAUGUCCUGUUACAUCUUUUGUCAAUAAUGGCUCAUAUUGUUCUUUAAUGACUACUAAGUAGUGCUCUGGUGUAAGGAAGACACCAGAUCCAUGAGGCAUGGUAUCCUAUAUACUUACCUGUCUUAUGUGUGUGCUGAGUCAUGACCAUACAGUUUACGUUAAAUAAAUGCUAUGUGGUCAUGGUUGCAUUCACAUGCCAUUUGGUUCCUUAUUAUUGGAUGUUCGUUCUAUUAUAGACUGCUCUAAAAAAGGCAGAAUAACUGAUUAAACCAUGUGUAUGCCUUGCUUCUUGAAUAAAUAACGACCGAAUA